AUGGAUAACUCAGAUAUCAUCGAGAGCACACGCGUUACCGAGCUCGAAGGCGAAGAGUGGCCUUGCUUCGUCUUUCCAGACCAUCAAGUACCUCUGGGCAUGAUUGAGCCACGGCCUCACAAGGACGCUCUGCCAGUGCUCUUUCUGGAACGCCACACAUUCGAAUGGCGAAGUCGCGAUGCUCUGAACGACUUCGAACCUUUUGAGACCAGAGAAUUUGACGCUACCCGUGCCGGCAGAGAACGCGAGCAGGCCUUCAAGGAGGCUCUCGAGUACCAUGAUCUUGACCACUAUCACAACUUGGUCCGUGGACUACAGGCAGCACGAGAAAUGGCUCAGGACAAUGCUAUCUUUCUGGACGAUAGCGACGACAAUGACGACGACAAUUUCUUCAAGUCUACCAAGCGCACCUCACUGCGAGGCGAUAGUGAUGAUGAGGUCACAAUCACUUCAGUGACCAAGAAGAAGCGCCCCUAUUCCUCAGCCUUCCAACGUCCCGGACCACCAACUCCCAGCCCGACGCCCAGCAAGAAAGUAAAAACAUCGUCAAAGAAGAAGGUCCCAGCUUCUUCACUUCCAUUCGGCGAAGAGGACAGUGAUAUCGACCUGCCUCAUUCAUCAACCUUCACUCCCACACCCACCAGGAAAUCAGCCCCUAAGCCAGCAGUCUCUACAUGGAGGCCCAGCGGCAAACUACUCAAGAUCGAUCCGAACGACUAUGUCGCCAGAAAGCAGCUUGAGUUGCUCAGGACCAAGAAAGGCGAUGGCAAAUCCCCUACCCCUGAGAAGCCAAAAGUUCUCGAGCCCGUCAAUGAGUACGUCUCCACAUGA